UCCUCCUCGAAUCCUCUUCCGCCGGAAACGAGGUCGCCGCCUACCUCCUCCCUCUGUCCCCCACGGCCGGAAAGGAGCUCCGAGCCCCGCCCCCGCGCCCCCGUCUCUGUGCCGCCGCCAUCGUCGACGCCUCUGUGCAGCCGCCGCCGGCCUCUGCACCCGACUCCAACCUGUGUCCCCGCCGUCAACCUCCCCUCCAGAUAUCCAGCGGCAAGAGUAAAGAAAUAUGCCUUCACUUCAAAAAGCUCUACCUCCAGAACUUGCUGAUAAUGCACUCAGAUUAUUCCGCGAGUGCUUAAGGAGGGCUAAGUUCAUUGGUAAUCAGCAACACAACACAGGGCUCCUCGUUUCCAUGGUGAGGCAACAGUUCAAGAAAAACAUGCAUGAGACUGAUCCAGAGAAGAUACAGAAGAUGAAGGACGAUGCGGCAAGGGGCCUUAUCAAUCACAUCAUAUACGAGUCCGAAAAGAUGACAGGGCGCAAGUUCUCGGGUUAAGACACUUCAGUUCUUGGAUGCUCCUUUCCUUUUUUAUUCACGGCAUACACUGUAUGAAUAAUAUAUGACCAGCUGAUGCUUCACCUUAUUUUUUGCGCACUUCUUGAUGUAAUUGGCCCGCACAUGCUUAGCGCUAGCUGGUUUGGUUGAUCUUUAGGUCUCUUCCAAGCCUGGAGAUGAAGAUCUCCAACAAAUUUUAGUGCUCCAGUCAGUGUGAAAACACACGUGCAAUAUUUUUUUUCUUCUGAUCUUUUUAGGGGAAUUUC